AUGGAUCGACCUAGAUCAACCUGCAAUAGAAAUUGGAAAAGGAAUGAUUAUGCUCAGAUGAAGGGUUCGCUGCACCAUUUUUGGCACUAUAUUGAAGAAUUCGAGAAUUUACGGCACAAUAUCGAAACAGGGAAAGAGAACAUUAUGAUUGUUCUUGGUUGCAUGGAUCUUGACCUUGCACUUCGGGAAGAACAACCUACACCUCUUAGUGAAAAUAGUUCCACUGAAGACAAACUUUUCGGGGCUAUGUCCGAAGUGGAAAUUGCUAAGAAGUUCCCUGAGGAAAUUGAACAACGUUUUGUGAAAAAUGAGAAGGCUGAAACAAGUAACCUUUUGGCUAACCUUAUUUCAAUGAAGUAUAAAGGUGAAGGGAAUGUAAGGGAGUACAUCAUGCACAUGUCAAAUAUCUCUUCCAAACUAAAGGCACUAAACUUAGAUCUGUCGGAAGACUUGCUUGUGCAUCUGGUUCUUAUCUCACUUUCUGCACAGUAUAGUAAAUUCAAGGUGAGUUGCAACACCCAAAAGGAUAAUUGGACCCUUAGUGAGCUCAUAUCUCACUGUGUGCAAGAAGAAGAUAGAAUUAAACGAGAGAGGGCUGAAAGUGCUCACUUAGCAACUGUGACAACCUAA